AUGGCUAGCAUCGUGCUUCCGAAGGGAUUCACCUAUGUGAUCGCCUCGGCUUUCAGCCCCGUCUGGGUGCUGAUCUGGCAAAGCACCAAGGUUGCGCAGGCACGCAGUGCCGCGGGUAUCAAGUAUCCCCAGCUGCACGCGGAAAAGGCGGAGGCAGAGGCGGCCAGAAAUGCACAUGUGUUCAAUUGUGUACAGCGCGCACACCAAAACACCCUCGAGAGCCUGCCCAUAGCAGUCAUCGGCACCCUCGUCACCGGUCUUCGGUUCCCCAUCCUCGCCGCCUCUCUCGUGGGCACCUGGACGCUCGCGCGCGUCUUGUACACGCGUGGGUACGCGACGGGCGAUCCUGACGAGCGUACGUACCCCGGAGGCGCGCUCACGGCGGUCGUGCAGUUCGCGUUGGCUCUCGCGGGGACGUGGACCGUUGGAGAGUUCGUGUGGGCGGAGCUGCAGUGA